CGUCCCACUGGCUGCAUCCGGCAAUCGAGUAAACAGCCCCGGGGGAAACACGACUCUGCGCGCCAGACCUGGUCAACCACAAGUUCUAUCAACAAGCAAUCUUCGCAGAAUCGAACAGUGAAUCGGUUCUUGCGGUUGCAUUUCCCUCCGCCAUACAGCCCGUCCGUUCACAAUGAUCAGUUGGGCGCUGAGGCGCAAUACGGACAGCGCGCGCGACGCGCAAGCGUUUGACGAUACCACACAGAUUGAUGUGCCGGAUACUCCUGCCCCUGUAUUUGCGGUGCGCGCGUUGAAGACCGCCCUUUUUGGCACCCCCGCACCGAAGACCACGAACGAUAAGACACAGCAGCACGCAAAGCCGGCACCUAUAUCGGACAAGUCGCCAGCGAAACCUCCUGGCAUUCUUCUUACUCCCGGCACUGGCACAGCACGUCGAAAACGUGUCUCCUUCAAUCAUGACGUGAAGAAAGGCUCGGCUGGCCCCUCCGAUGGGCCGGCGGGAAGCAGCACCACAGGGCUACCAGACGAAUGCCCAGGAAAGUUCCCUAGUCCAUGGACUGACCGCAGUUCUGAUGGAGAGCAGUCUCGGUUGAAGACCAGGUUGCAGUUGGCCAUGGAGAACGCACGGAAGAGCAACGGCAAGGAAAAGGGAACGGAGACGAAAGACUUCGCUUACUCUGCAAAGGAGCCAAAGGAGCCAGAUGAGGUUUGGGAGGAAGUCGAUGACGACUCGGAAUUCGAGGCCGAUGUCACUACCGAUCUGAACGAACCACACUCACGCUCCGGCAAAUACUGGAAAUCCUACUUCGAGACCUACCAUAGCGAUGCAAAGGCAGAGAUGGAGAAGCUUGUCAAGUACAAGCAACUCGCCAAGUCUUAUGCAAAGAUGAAGGAUACAGAGGCGCUCGAGCUCAACCAAAAGCUCAAGGAGGAGCAAGAGAAGGUCAAGAUGAUGGAGGAAAAAGUGGCCGAGCUGGCGCGUCAGGCAAGGCUAUCUGCCAGGAGAAGGGGAGAUGAACGCAACCCGGCCUUGAUGGACGAGCUCGACAAGCAGACGGCUCUCGCCGAAGAAUACAAGAGGCAAGUGGGAGAGUUGGAAGCCCUGCUUCAGGAUAAUAUCGACGACGCGGAAGACGAGCGUCCUCGGCGACGGCGAACCGCAUCACCUCGCACGCAGCGAACCCUAAUGGAAACCCAGCGAGAGUUGAGGCGGGCGAGGGCACAGGUCCGCGAGCUGGACAAACUCCAGGAGGAGCGGGACCGACUGAGAUCCGACUUGAAAUUCGCCGAGCAACGAGCUAGCAAGCUCGCUGAGGAGAACAAAAGGCUGUCGACGGAGCUGUCACAGAACACGUCGAGGAUUCGAGACCUGGAGAGGCGAUUGGACGACUCGAAAGGCCUUUACGAGAAGCUGAAGGAUGACGCAAAGGCUCGCUAUCUGGAAGCUCAGCAGGUUCUGCAGAAGAAGAACGAAAAGGUGUCGGAGCUUCAAAGGGAGAUUGAGUCGUUGAGGAAGGACGGAGCGGACUCAAGGCGAUCGAAUCGGUCAACCCGGGCAAAGAGCUUGGACGAAAAGGCCCCAACGCUUAAGCCCAUGGAGUCGCUGGAAGAUGGCGGCAUCCGGCCGCAAAGGGAGUUGAACGAGGCAAGACGAAUACCUAGUCGGAGGUCACAGGCCGACUUUGCGAGGCUGGAAGAGGCCGAGCCCAGACGAAAACGAGACACAGAAGUUUCGGACGAGACUCUUGCCAAGUCCCGAGCUCUUAGGGAGAAGCUCGAGGCUGAGUUUGGCACCAAAGGGCUCCCUGCCUCUUCCGUCUUCAACGACCGUGGAAACCUGCAAGACAGCCGAAGUUCUGCAUCCAGCGGUCGAUCCGCCCACACCAGGGAGGACCAGCCAUAUUCAAGCCGCUCCGACAGACCAUCUCGGUCUACCUGGGCGGCUACGUCAACGGAGAAGACGACUCUCGAAGACCUGCUUGCCGAUACGCCAGAAAAACGCUUUGGCAGUGCCUCGUUGGAGCAGCAGGAGCGGCAGCCAAUAAGGAGGCGGGCGGCCCGUCCGCAAUCGCAAGUUGGCACAGCAUCACAUAUCGAAUUUGUGCAGGGUCCGUCCGCACCCGUGAGGGAUACGAAUAGGCAGAGCGGUGCUGUGGGGAGCACCAUGAACACUGCACGGCCAGCGAUCUCUGAAGAUCGGAAGGCGGCUGCACUUGCACGUCUCCAACGCAAGAAGGCGGAGCGGGCGAUGCAGCGGCAGCUUGAGCAAUAAUGGAUCGGUGUGGGCAGAUGUGGUGAGGGUUGUGCUGUCUUUUGUAUGGCGUUGGAAGGCGGGUUAUUGGCUGGCUACGGGCUUGUUGUAUGUCUGUCGUCCCUCUGUACCCGGGGUACUUGGAAAUAUCGGUCUGUUUGAUUAGGGUCUGGCGCGACGUUUUUGAUACCAUUUAUGACCUGUGGUGUUUUAUUCGGGACUAAUGAUCGAGUUAAAGCACGGGAAUGGCAUCCAUUGACUGUAGUCGAUUUUCAAGAAGAAUUACACCUACGGAUAAAUAACUCCCUUACCU